AUGUUUCGAAGACUGAUUCCGCGAAAUCCGGCGCUUAUUACACGAUGUACUCACACAAUAAAGACGGAUAAUCAUGUAGCCGAGUUUCCGUAAGUUAAUUUACUACUUGUUUUGCUAUUUUAGGUGAUCUCGCCCAUUUUUUCGGCCUUUUAUUACGAAAACCGCAUGAAUUUCUCGUAUUUUUUUGUGUUAGGUCGUAAAAGAGCCAUUUUGCACUAAAAUAGAUAAAACUAUGAAUUAUUAAAUGGUUUUAGACUUUCGUAUCCCGAGUUUUUACAUUCGCCGGUACAAAAUCGUCGAGUCGCGUUGUACGAGAAGCUGGUUAGGGCUGAUAUGCUGGAAAGGCGAUUGAAUGUAGAUGUGCCAGAGUUUUAUGUUGGUUCAGUUUUGGCUGUAACUUCGUCAGAUCCUAACAUGAACAAUAGACAAAACAGAUUUUUGGGUAUUUGUGUUCGACGUCACAAAACAGGCCUUCAUCACACAUUUACUCUCAGGAACGUUGUUAAUGGGUUAGGUAAGAAGUAAACAAAACAAACUUUGACUAAAACUUUUGUGUUUCUAGUUUAAGAGUCUUUUAAAAGAGCUGACACAGGUGUAAAAUUUUUUAUUUACAUUUUAAUUUUAGGUGUUGAAGUGAUGUACGACCUUUACAAUCCUACAAUUCGCAAAAUUGAGACAAUCAAGUUGGAGAGAAGGCUGGACGACGAUCUUUCCUACUUAAUUGACGCUCUCCCAGAAUACAGUACUUUUGACUUUAACCUGGAGCCUAUUUCUCAUCCGGUUGGCACUCCAGUCCCAAUCAAUCCGUUAAAGGUGAAACUGCGACCUCCUCCAUGGUCACAACGUUGGGAUAUGAUUCCCUUUAAUGGUAUUGAGAAUGCAUGGGAAAUGGCUACACCGAGAGCGAAACGAAAGGUUAAAAGGACCAGAGUUAACGACUACUUCCAAUACGACCUGCUCUGGCAGUACAGAAGAGAAGGUCAAGAUCUCGAGAAUGAAUUGAGGAUCCAAGAUGAAAUUAGGGAGUUCGAGGAAGACAGACAAAGCAAGGGAGCCACCAAGAGAAAGAUUCUCCGCUCUGCUGCUUCUGCACUUUAG